UAAUGAUAGCCACACAGGAAUUUAUAGUUUCUGCAACACAAAACUAUUUAUCCGCAAGAAAAAAAUCUCUAUCCAUUUCGAGAAGUUUAGACCUGUUUACUCAGGUGUUGGCUGUAGAUUUAGGAUUAAAACCUGCUCUCCUUUAUGAUGCUAACAGUGCCAGUUCAGAGCAGGUGCAGCAGUACUUAAACUUCCUGCAGUCUUCACAGAUGGUGUCAAAAUCACUGUUCACAUUAGAUUUAAAUGGCAACACCCUGAUAGUGAACCAAGACUUUUCUUUAUUACACUUGAAUGAAAUAUUAAGUUGCGGCAGUGUGGUGGUAGUUAAUGUGUCUCACUUGCUAAAAGCACCUGUUUUAUUUGACCCAUCUAGAGGAGAGUUAAUGAAUGUGGUACAAAAACUACAGGUCCUAAUUCAAGGAUAUAAGCAACAUGAUGCACCCAAACCUCUAUAUGUUGGAGAGCAUUGUGAAGACUGGAAUCUCUGUACAGUCUUCGGUGCAUUACUGGGUUAUCCAGUUACUUACUGGUUCGAUCAGAGCAAGAGCUUCGAGAACUGUCUAUCUAUGACCCCUUUAAUGGUUACUACAGCUUCAGCAAUGCGGCAAACAGAUAAUGCCAGUCACAGCUGUUGUCUGUUCUCCUUCAGUGUCCCAGUGGAUUUGUUUCAAAGGUCACAGUCUAUCCUCAAGCGCUGGAACAAUAGACUUCAAGAGCGUUUUGAAAAGCAACAUGUGCUUACAGAUCUCACUAUUUGUCAAACAACAGUGACAAUGGCAUCAGUUUGUCUUUGAGUAUAUAAAUUGUACAAUGUAUUGCCAUCAUUGAUCAUUAAAUGGGAUCCAGUGUUAAAACUUU